GUGCAUUUAGUGUGUGUUAAAACACGGAAGUCUGACAAAUCAUUAAUAGGCAUUUGUCAGCGGUGAAUGGAACUUGAAGUCAUAGAAGGGAAGCAAAUCAGUUGACUCUAAGAAUUUGAUUUAGCAAUGCGUUUAAGGAUUGAAAUUGUAUUGUUGGUAUGUUUGGCUGUUGACUUGGCUUGGGGAGCUCGGCGUAUUGAUGCACAAGUGCGUGCACGAGAAACUUUGAAAAGGCGCCGCGAUCAGCGACAGUUACGAAGAGAAGUCCCGUUAGAUGUUCCGGAAUUACUUCAACUUACUCAGGGAGAAUCUCUUGAAAAUGUUCGUGAGACUAAUGAUGUCUAUGGUAUGACUGUUGAGCGACUCCAGGAAACGUAUCACGGGAUUAAAGUCCACGACACUGCCGUGACUAUUCACAGAACUAAAGAUGGGCAGUUAACGGGAGAGGCAGUUGGAACGUUUGUACAGGAUAUCGAGGGGGACCUCCCAAAUACAGACCCUAGGAUUUCAAAAGAAGAUGCUCUGAAUAUUGCCGUAAAUAAUGAAGAAGAUAAUAUGAAUGAAGUCACCAGCGUAAAAGACACAGUUGAAAUAUAUUUAGAUGAGAACAAUGAAGCUCGCCUAGCAUAUGUAUUGUCGUAUCUGAUAAAUGGUGUUAAGCGUCCGCAUUAUAUUAUCGAUGCAAAAACCGGAGAUAUUCUGAAAAAUUGGCAAGGGCUUAAUAAUUAUCCUUGUUGUGAAAGAAAAUAUAAUGCUACCGGAGGAAAUGAAAAGAGUGGAAAAAUAACGUAUGGAAAUAUGCCGUAUUGCAUGACACCAACUAUAGCCAAUGGCACUUGUUUUCUUGAAAACAAGUAUGUCAAGGUUGUAGACAUGGAUCAAAGCAGCUAUGAAACGGCGCAUUUUGUCUGUUCGGAAGGAUAUAAUGAUGAAAUAAAUGGCGCAUAUUCUCCAGCUGCUGAUGCGUUCUUUUAUGGGACAGUUGUCGGUAAAAUGUUUGAAGAAUGGUUUGAUACAACACCAUUUGGGGAUCGUGAGGUUAUUCUCCAAGUUCAUUACGGUAGACAUUUGGAAAAUGCCUACUGGACUGGAAGCUAUUGUCAAUUUGGCGACGGUUACAAUAAAUUUUAUCCUUUCACAACGCUUGAUAUUGUAGGGCAUGAAAUAGGUCACGGAGUAACUGAAUUCAAUUCUGAUCUUGAAUACUACGGAGAAAGUGGAGGUUUAAAUGAAGCAUUUUCUGAUAUCAUGGGUGAAGCAUCAGAAUAUUACCUAUUGAAAUCAGAUUUAUUGACAGGCGGUAUCUUGAUGAAACACGCACCCUAUUUGAGGGAAUUUGAGAGACCUGAAAACGAUGGAGAUUCUAUCAGUCAUGUUGACGAUAUGGUAUCUUACAUAGACGUUCAUUACAGCAGUGGUAUUUUCAGACGGGUGUGGUAUGUUAUCGUGAAGGAGGAAAGUGUUUCGGUUCGUGAUGCAUUUUCAGUUUUCUUACAUGCAAACAAAAUGUAUUGGCAUGAAAGCUCAUCGUUCUAUGAUGCAUCAUGUGGUGUUUUGGAAGCCGCCUUGGACCUUGGCUUUGAGACUCAACCAUACCGAAAAGCGUUCGAAGAUGUUGGCAUAGCAUAUUGUUCGUCCGUAUCCGAUAUACCAGUUUUGCAGAACAAUGUUACUCAAUCAGGGUUCCUUGUAAGUAAUAAAAAUACUCCUCGAUUCAUUAUGAAAACACCAAAGUCAGCAGACACGUUUAUAACCAGCGUUAGUUCAAACACGAGUGAUGAUAUAGUAAUCAAAGUGAUGACCGGUGGUUGGGAAGAGUCUGAUGGUGCUGGUAUAGUAGUACAAGACGCCAAUAAAGUCAAGAUAACGAAUGCUGGAGGCAAGACAUUUUUCAUAACAUUAUCACUCUCACAGACAACAGGAAGUGACGAAUGUGACCAUGAUCUCGAUUUAGUUGCAGAGGUUUCCAUAACUGCAGGAUUCUCGUGUAGAUCAGACGAAGAGGAUGUUAUAUUUUCUGGCAGCGGAAGUGGAAGUGGUGAUGGUGAUGAUGAAGACUAUAAUAGCUAUGAAGAAAGUGAUUCAUACGAAUAUUAUCAUGAAACCUAUGAUACGUACGACAGCUAUGAUACAUAUGAUACAUAUGACAGCAACAGCUAUGACUACGAUUAUCAUUACGUGCAUCGUAAUAGAGGAGGAAAAACCAGACGAUAUACUACUGCAUCUUGCUAAUAGCAAACACGGAAUAAAUGAAUAGUAAAUAAAAUGAUCUGGUUCUUUACCUUUUGACUUGUUGCUUACAUUUUUGUAUUUUGUUAUCAUGUAAGGAAACGAACUUUUAUUCAGUUGUAUCAUUAUUUUUAUUGGAAUAAAAAAGGUCUACACACAUGUAUUCACCGCUUAAUAUAUCCAAUUCUGAAAUAUUCGAAUAAAGAAAAAGAUAUCAUGA